AUGGCUGUGGGUCAGAAAAAAUAUAUAUGUUCAUUUUGUUUGAAGCCUUUCUCGAGAUCCGAGCACAAGAUAAGGCACGAAAGGUCUCAUGCAGGCGUGAAGCCUUUCCAAUGCCAAGUCUGUGAACAUUCUUUUGUUAGGCGCGAUCUCUUACAGCGACACAUUAGGACUGUCCAUAGAACCUUUCUCUUAUCCAGUUGCGCAUCAAUGACAGACGAUCAGACCGACGUCCCAGUCUCGCUCGGCGUUGGUGAUGUUGAUUCGACUUCAUCAAGAGAUAUUAAAAUGGAAACGCUGGUUAAUUCGAUGAUCAAGGUCAACAGCGGCCUUAUUAAUAUUCAUUACCAUAGUAAUAAUAUUGAAAGCAUGGAUAAACAACAACGUACUGUCGUUGGGAAAGGAUCCACUAUUUCAAAGAAAAGGAAGAGCCGCUUUAAAGAGAUCAAAAGCCAGUUGGAAUCUUCUAUCAGUGUAAAAAUUUUGCAACAGUAUCCAUUAGAUUUUAUUAGUUCAAGAGAUAUUCUAACUUUCUUCAGAAUGGGUGUAAGCCACUUGGUAGAAAAUAAGAUCUUCCAAAACUUUUUUCCGGACUUGUUCUCAUCACUACAAAAUGACGAGCUGGUAGAGGAUUUUUGGAUUAACAGGCCUUUUGGCCUCAUAAUAGCUUGUCUGGGUAUGUCCAUUUCGUUGAAUCAGGAUUCUCAAAAGCUGUGGUUUAUCUGUUGUGCUAAUUUGUACACUAGCUCGUCUAAAUACAACGAUAGCGACAAUGACGCCCACAGCGACGACGUUGAAUCAGAGAAGGAGCAACAUGGUAUUUUUGCCUUGAUUCUAUUUUAUUCUCUUCUAGUAAUGUUGGAGAAUAACAUUCCUGUUUCUAAUUCCAUUAAAAAGUUCGAUGUAUUUUCAAUGCUGCAAGAUAUUCUGAAACCAUUUACUGCGGCGUCCUCCAUUUACCAUUAUUUGAAUAGUAAGGAAAAUGCAUGGUUCGUAUUCGAUUUAUGGGUCAAUAUUUUGCGUGAUUCAAACAACUUCAACGAUGAUUCUUUGCUAAUAUUCAAUUGGUUUGUUAACCAAGAAUUCUUUUUGUCGAGUUCACUAAAAGACUUCAUAUGCAAGGGGCUACCAAUGUCGACGACUGAUUUAACUCUAAAGCAGAUCAACAUUUUGGCUGAUUCCGCAUACGUUUAUUUUAUAAUAAAGAAAACCUAUCCGCAUGAGCUGCCCUCUGACUUUAGAGUGCAUGAUUUGCUGAUUUACUUGAAUGAAUGUUUCGUAAUGCAGCAACCGAUCAAACCUGGAAUCAAUACAAACUCCUCCUUAUUUGCGACCGUUCUGAAUGCAAGGAUUACGGAUUGCAAAUCCAAAAGUCACUGGUUAUUGUGGGAAACGAUCUGGUUUGAAUUCAUUAACAACUUGACUUUGAGAAGUGGAACCAUGAGAAACAUAUGGUUUAUUGACAACUUCCCGCAGGUAUCUACCUCGUGUUUACUUCAUCAUUCUUCCUCGUUUGUUGACGAAACUUUAAUCACCACCAACUUAUCAAUUAUAUCAAUGCUUUUUAAUUUGAAGUCUUUCAACCUGGCGUCUUUAAAUUCAAGAAAUAUUCAAUUGAUCACCGACAUUGUCAGCUUCCAACUAAAGUUGUUUUCAUCCGAAUUGAUUGCAAGCUCAGAUGUUUCACCAUCACAAGUAUCUCAGCUACUAGUAAACCCCAAUAUCGACUUAAUGUUGUAUUUCUGGUUCGACACCAUUUAUAUACAACGUCAAAACUACCUUUCAUCCACGGAGAAAGAUGAAUUUGAAAGGGUUGAAGUAUUUGUCAAUGAUUACAUUAUUACACGUCAAAAGAAUUUAGUGACUGACUUACACUCCAUCUUGUUCGAUUUUUGGUCAGAUUCCUUCAUUGCUUAUCAUAUACUACUGCAUGCUAUUGUAUCUUCAUUAAGAGAUAAUAUUCUUUACCCCUAUUUGAUUUACUCUCCUCACUUGAAUGACCAGACAAAAGCGUUGUUGACUGAUAUCUCCAAUUGGUCAUGUUUUGCUCUACAACAGCCAUUCCGCAAAACUUCAAGAGGUUCUUUAUCUGCUGCUACUGAUAUGAAAUCGUUGUCAGUGGCGUCAUGUUUGCCGCUCUCUCCUAAUUUCCCAAAGAGAGAUUCAAAUUAUAACAAGAUUCUCCUACCCCCCUUGGACAUCAAAGCCAUUGAACCUAUCUCAACAAAUAAUUACACCUACGUGAACUCGGCCCCUAAGCAACAAGAGAAGGAGCAGCCAACAAUAAGAGGCUCGGGAAGCAAUAUUAAUUUAGUCCCAACCCAGGUAAACAUGGAACCACAGGAAUUCUCAGCUUCAACAGAAAAUAAACAAAGUAAAAGCAUCGAAAUUCUUGGCCAAAUAAAAUAA